UUUGACGAUCGUCUCACUCGAAUUACCAGAAUCACCGAUACCGUUAAUCGAGUCUCAAGCUAGCGAACGAAAUAAAUCAAACUAUUUGGAUGUUAAUCCCCAAGAAGACAAGGACGAUAUUCUCGAUGAACUUUUAGAAAAAGUUAGCGAGAUCGGUAAGGAGAGAGAUAAAGAAUCCCGUGGGAGAAAGUUAGAUGCAUUUUCUGAUGGUGUGAGAAGAGUAGGAGGAGGAGGAGGAGGAAGAAGAAGAAGAAGAAGUAGGAAGAACCAGGUAGAUUCAUUGGAAUGCACGAAGGAAGUCGCAACCCUCGAAGAAUGUACCAGGAACAUUCUUAGGACUUCUCAAGAAGGAGACGAUGAGAUGACGUUAACGGAGACAAAAUUUCAAAACAUCGACGAUUGCAUCUGUUCGGAAAUUCCUGAAAAUUUGCGAAUCAACGUUAGAAACAAAACGGAAGUUACCUGUGCAACAUCGAGAAGUCCGAGUCCGGAAGUAACGCAUACGAUAAGAAUUGCUAUGAAGUAUCACGGAAGAUCAGGAUUGUGCAAGGUUUCCAAUACCGAAGUGGAAAAGGAUGUCGAGAAAAAAGCUAGAAAAACGCAAGGGAAAAAUUUGAAAGAUAUUCGCGAGAGAACGAGGACGAAUGAUGAAAUUGAAAAUAGAGAUUAUGUGAUUCGUGAGGAGGGUUGUUGUACUGGUGUGAACGUUGCUUUAGAUUUCACGCUUAAUUGCAACAGCGUGCGUUUGACGUCUCGUGACAUUAGUCUUAAAGCUGAAACGAAUGACGAGCGUUCAUAUUAGUUUUCCAAAAUUAUUAACGCAUUAUUCAUUGGCUAUAAAUUAGAUGGAAAUAUACUAAAGAUCGGCUAAUUUCUAUUCUAAUUUUUUGGUAAUACUAACUGAAAUCAUUUCUUCGUAGAUUAUUAAAAACAAAAUUUAGAAAGAUGUGAUACAUGCGUGGAUUUUUAUAUUUAUUUGUUAUAAAGAUGAUAUUUAACACGGUUCCUGCCACGUUCAUAG